AUGUCCAACCAGAAAACAAGCGAUCCAGAUCAUUACCAAGAAGCCGGAGACGAGCGUGGUCUCGGCAAAGCGCAGGAUGCUGCGUUGAGCAUGGUGAGUAGCGCACUGCCUCCUCUUGGUUCUUUGAGAGCUCCAUUAUACUGAGCGAGUCACCAGAGCAAGCUCCCAGACUGGGUAGAAAACAACUACUCCAACCAAUACAUCACAACUUUUCCCCUCUCAGACGAGAUGAGUCUACCUCCACACGACCACCUCCACCUCCUCGAAGGUCACAUCGAAAACGCAGCAACAGAGGCCAUCCGGCUCGAAAACGACAACCAAGGUCGCGCACGCUGGACUCCGUGGCGCAGUCUGAGGGCGCACAAACAGAGAAACAUGAACGAUUUGAGACGCAUGCAUGUACCUCUGCAUCCGGCAUCGUUGAAGUGGGAAGACCUUGAAGAACGCUGGAUUUCGCCCCUUGAGAUGAAUCGGCAGCUGCAGGCUGCUGGUUUGUCUCCGAAUGCUCAUGUUCAGUAUCCGAAUGGACGAGUCCGGAGUGUUGAGGAGAUGCCGGCUAAGCCUCAGUGGACGCAGGAUCUCGAGACGCUCCAGGCGAGAGUGGCGGCGGAGGGGACAAGCAAGGAGGAGGGUAAGCAGCAGAGCAAGAAGAACGGUAAGAAGAAUGGCAAGAAGAAUGGCAAGAAGACUGGGAAGUGA